ACUGUGAGUACUCGGAAAGGACUCCAGAAGAUGCAUCUUGUCUUGCUGAUCUGCCUCCUGGCAGGGACCACUGGGAAGAGCUGCCUCAGCUGCUGGCCAGAGCUGCCCGCCAUGAUGGACUAUGACCUACAGGUGCUCUGGGGCAGCCCAGGGCCGCCCACAGAACUCUCACAAAGCUUACACUCCCUUAUCCUGGAGAGUAACACCUUACUCCUGCCCUGGUAUCUUGCUCGAGACAAUUUGGAUGAGGAAACAGCUACAUUCUUCACGCAAGUAGACAACGCCAUUAAAAAGCUGAGGGAUGAUAAGCCAGCACUGCUUGAAGAGAUUCAUGUUCAGAAGGGUCUCCUGGUUGAGAGGCUAAAGGAGAAGUCCCAGGACCUGAUGCAGAAGGUCUGCAACGAGUCCUGCGACAUCAUCUCCGAAAUGGAAGUCACUGCAUGUGCUGACUGCCAGAAGUUCUACCUGUCCUGCAACGACCCUACCUUGUGCAAAGCCAGGGUCACACAGACCUACAAGUGGGUUGUGCUUCUUUCCGCCAUCUUGAUGUUCCUGGCUGUAGCUGGCAUUGGUGUAUAUUUUUUCUGGCUCCAAAAGAAGGUGGAGGUGGCUGAUGAGAGAACAGCCAGCCAGAUAUCUCCUUCAGAAAGUGAGCAGUGACCAAGGCAGCAACCAAAGCAGCUGCCAAAGCCUGUCCUGUCUGAAAGCUAAUUGUCUCUGGCCCUGGUGACUCUCCAUUGCAGGAAACACUCCUCCCUGGGGCCUGGAGAGCUCUGAGGCCCUGCAGUUCUACAGAAAAGACUCUCUCUCUCUCUCUCUCUCCCUCCCAACCUAAUACAUUCCCCCUUUAUAAAUAGUGAUUAAAAAUUUUUUUCUCCUA